UGAAUCUGGCACCAAUGAUGGUACUGAGACUAACGUAGACUUGGAGCCGUACUUAUAAAGUUUUAGCUGGUGAUCUUGAGGACUAGUCCCCCUGAGUCGUUCUUGAAGCUCGUUAUACAAGCAUAACGUGAUGUACAGGUGGGGAUCUUUCUGAUAAAGAGCGACUAGAGGAGACAUUGAUUAAUCUAAUUAAGCUUCAGGUGAGUCGAGAUAGCUACACGGGGAAACCGGCUCCUGACAUGGUGACAAUAUAAAAAAAAACCUAGAAAAUACCCCAGAGAGAAGCAGUAUUACUGAAAGAACCUGGACAUAACGAAACCCAUCGUUAAAUGGAGAAAAUGCUGUUUGCUGUCCUACUUUCGAUCUGUACCGGGUCCGUAGUUUCCAUCGAAGAAUUUCCAAAAUGGGGAAUUCCACAAAACGACAACAAAAUUCGAGACAUUUUAACUAAAAUUGCCGAUGAGACUUUCCACAAUGAUCUCGCCAAAAACUCGGAACUCUUUGGUGAAGCUCGACCCCCUCCAAACAACGCUGACGUCAUUUUGUUAAUCGGAAGUCUGAUGGAGAAAAGACCCAUGACUCUCUGUGGAAUCUUGUGGAAUACGAGGGACGACGACAGUUUGAACGAGUGUGUCGCUUUUCUCAUGAAGCUGAGAAACGAAAUGGUGGUGAGCAAAGAACAAAAGCGGCAAAGCAGCUACAAGUUUAACUCGAGCGGCUGGAGACGGAAAAAGCGGGACACCCAUAGUGAUGACGCCGGAAGCAACAAUUUAUCCAGAGAAGAAAUUAUGAAUGUGAUUCAACAAAUUCUCAAAGUUAAGAAAAGGCGAAAAUUUCAGGCCUCGGGGUGGUAAAUGGAAAUGAAAUCGGUCUGACGUUCAGACUUUCAAUUCCUUUGACCCAAGGACAGCUUGAAAUAAAAACGGAAUUUUACAUUUUGAAGAAAAACUCGAAACUUUAUAAACUGGUGCAGAUUUGAACUUGUUGGUGCAUACUAGUAUUAACGUUUGAUUAGGAUGCAUUUGUCGACAUACAAUUCUCUUUUUUUCUCCAGCAUCUUAUAUAACUUUCCUUUAUUGAACUUUGCUGUUUGCUACAGAAAAAAACAGUGCUUUCGGUGAAUCUAAGCAUUUGCCUUUUCAUAGGUUUAAAAAUCAACAAUUUUUUUUUUUAAUUCUCUGAGUGUCUGUCUUCUUCUACACGUAUUUAGUGAUUCUGUGUUUUAUAUACUAUUCCAUGUUUUCUUGCAUUUGAAUAAUCAGAUUUAAUAAAGAGAGUUAUUUUGCUUAACUUCAA